UGCGCUAACGCCGCCUUUUGGAAACCCAGGAAUUUCACUGGUAUUCGAAAUUGUAACCUAAAACCUGGUGGUAUAAGUUGUCUAUUUUUUUUCUUUCCAUUAGAAUUCCAACUUCCACAACUACACUUUUAUAAUCUUCGAAAUGAAGCCUACAAUCUUUCGUUACGUCGUCUUUUUCAACUUGAUAUUAGCUGCACUGGCCAAAGGCGGGGGUGGUGGUGGUGGUAAAGGCGGCGGCGGUGGAAGUACUGGAGGAAGUUCUGGUGGAAGUAAAAGCGGUGGAAGUUCCAGUGGAGGAAGUACCAGUGGAGGAACCAGCUCAGGCGGCAAAGUAGCUGGCGGCGGUAGUGGUACGUUCUCCGGAACCAAGACCGGGUCUGUGUCCAACGUUGGAACGUAUAACUUUCCUAGUGGAAGUACUGGGUAUGCACGAGGAGGCUAUGGAUCAUACUCCAAAUCUACAGUAGGAACCUCGGCCGUUAAUACAAGAGGCACCUACACAAAUUAUUAUCCCACUUACGGAGGAGGUUACGGAUAUGGCUAUCCAUAUGGAUGGUACGGCUUCUACAACCCAGCGUUUUUGUACUGGGCUAUCAUUCCAAUUGGAUUCUAUGGUGGCUACCAUACGAUGUAUGGAAGAUACAAUGCCGAAAGUGGAGCCUACUACGCCCCACAGCUUACCUCACAGAAUUCCGGCAGUGCAGAUGUGAUGAUCAAUGGAACAGCUUAUACAGCCGAUGACAACAACUAUCACUUUACCUAUGGUCUUCUCACUAGCACUGGAAGACCUGCACUGGACGCAGCAUUUUACGCAUCGUCCGACGCUAGUGCCACUCCAGCCGAUUUUGCUUACCGCUUGACCUUCUGGCAACUGGUCGAAUUCACCGAUGCAAACAACAAUGGUGUGCUUGAUGAUGGAGAAGCUAUUUCGAACUUGAUUCCUCUGCAGGGAGGAUGGUCAACAAUCCAAAUUUCCAACAAGACUAGCUCAGCAAAUGCAUCUCUGACGUACUUGGAAGGACAAACAACUUCGGUCAUCACUACGUCUAACAACAGCUCAUUCAACGCCAGUCUCGUUUUCCGAGUCGCCAAUGUUCAAAUUAACAACACUUUUGCCCUAACCUACGAACCCAAUUCCGCCGAGUACGAAUUCUCCAUUCAUGGAUAUCAGCCUGUCAACCAAGCAAACAAACUUGCCUUGUUGCAGGUUCUUUCCUACGUCCCCACUCUGCCCACUGCUACAGAUAUCAACAGCACCACCUCUGCAGAUGUUGUGGCUGCUAUUAAGACCAACGAAACGUAUGGUGUCUCCAUUGGAGAUUACUCUGAAGGACGAUUGGAGUACAGCAACCAAACGAACUUUGCCAAUGUCACGUUUGGUAACUACUCUAGCCAAGCAUCUCAGCAAGUCCUAGGAGGCUUGACUCCUCUUGACAAUUGGAUCUGGAAUGGAGCUUCUCCCAAUGGAACUUCAGUGCUAGCCGUCACUCUUUCUGCCUUGAAUAAUGGCAGUGCUACUGUUGCUGGUUUUGCCUUCUUGGAUGUCGAUGUCCUUGGUGUUGAAGCCACUGGAGCUGGCAGCUCAUUCUUCUCUGGCAGCAUGAACAAGGCUUCAUCUCUUGCAGUCACUGGAGUCACUGUCUUCACACUUUUGUUCGUACUUUAAAUACU